AUGAGCUUCGCCAGCCGGCCGCAGUGGUCCGACAGCUUGCGGUGCACCUCCCUCAGUGACAGCCCCGCCUCCACGUCCCUCGUGCUGCCGUCUGGGAGCUCUAUGGUGGCGGUUGAGAGCUGUGGAGCGAGUGGCAUCGUGAGCAGUGGCAUCGUGAGCAGUGGCAUCGUGAGCAGUGGCAUCGUGAGCAGUGGCAUCGUGAGCAGUGGCAUCGUGAGCAGUGGCAUCGUGAGCAGUGGCAUCGUGAGCAGUGGCAUCGUGAGCAGUGGCAUCGUGAGCAGUGGCAUCGUGAGCAGUGGCAUCGUGAGCAGUGGCAUCGUGAGCAGUGGCAUCGUGAGCAGUGGCAUCGUGAGCAGUGGCAUCGUGAGCAGUGGCAUCGUGAGCAGUGGCAUCGUGAGCAGUGGCAUCGUGAGCAGUGGCAUCGUGAGCAGUGGCAUCGUGAGCAGUGGCAUCGUGAGCAGUGGCAUCGUGAGCAGUGGCAUCGUGAGCAGUGGCAUCGUGAGCAGUGGCAUCGUGAGCAGUGGCAUCGUGAGCAGUGGCAUCGUGAGCAGUGGCAUCGUGAGCAGUGGCAUCGUGAGCAGUGGCAUCGUGAGCAGUGGCAUCGUGAGCAGUGGCAUCGUGAGCAGUGGCAUCGUGAGCAGUGGCAUCGUGAGCAGUGGCAUCGUGAGCAGUGGCAUCGUGAGCAGUGGCAUCGUGAGCAGUGGCAUCGUGAGCAGUGGCAUCGUGAGCAGUGGCAUCGUGAGCAGUGGCAUCGUGAGCAGUGGCAUCGUGAGCAGUGGCAUCGUGAGCAGUGGCAUCGUGAGCAGUGGCAUCGUGAGCAGUGGCAUCGUGAGCAGUGGCAUCGUGAGCAGUGGCAUCGUGAGCAGUGGCAUCGUGAGCAGUGGCAUCGUGAGCAGUGGCAUCGUGAGCAGUGGCAUCGUGAGCAGUGGCAUCGUGAGCAGUGGCAUCGUGAGCAGUGGCAUCGUGAGCAGUGGCAUCGUGAGCAGUGGCAUCGUGAGCAGUGGCAUCGUGAGCAGUGGCAUCGUGAGCAGUGGCAUCGUGAGCAGUGGCAUCGUGAGCAGUGGCAUCGUGAGCAGUGGCAUCGUGAGCAGUGGCAUCGUGAGCAGUGGCAUCGUGAGCAGUGGCAUCGUGAGCAGUGGCAUCGUGAGCAGUGGCAUCGUGAGCAGUGGCAUCGUGAGCAGUGGCAUCGUGAGCAGUGGCAUCGUGAGCAGUGGCAUCGUGAGCAGUGGCAUCGUGAGCAGUGGCAUCGUGAGCAGUGGCAUCGUGAGCAGUGGCAUCGUGAGCAGUGGCAUCGUGAGCAGUGGCAUCGUGAGCAGUGGCAUCGUGAGCAGUGGCAUCGUGAGCAGUGGCAUCGUGAGCAGUGGCAUCGUGAGCAGUGGCAUCGUGAGCAGUGGCAUCGUGAGCAGUGGCAUCGUGAGCAGUGGCAUCGUGAGCAGUGGCAUCGUGAGCAGUGGCAUCGUGAGCAGUGGCAUCGUGAGCAGUGGCAUCGUGAGCAGUGGCAUCGUGAGCAGUGGCAUCGUGAGCAGUGGCAUCGUGAGCAGUGGCAUCGUGAGCAGUGGCAUCGUGAGCAGUGGCAUCGUGAGCAGUGGCAUCGUGAGCAGUGGCAUCGUGAGCAGUGGCAUCGUGAGCAGUGGCAUCGUGAGCAGUGGCAUCGUGAGCAGUGGCAUCGUGAGCAGUGGCAUCGUGAGCAGUGGCAUCGUGAGCAGUGGCAUCGUGAGCAGUGGCAUCGUGAGCAGUGGCAUCGUGAGCAGUGGCAUCGUGAGCAGUGGCAUCGUGAGCAGUGGCAUCGUGAGCAGUGGCAUCGUGAGCAGUGGCAUCGUGAGCAGUGGCAUCGUGAGCAGUGGCAUCGUGAGCAGUGGCAUCGUGAGCAGUGGCAUCGUGAGCAGUGGCAUCGUGAGCAGUGGCAUCGUGAGCAGUGGCAUCGUGAGCAGUGGCAUCGUGAGCAGUGGCAUCGUGAGCAGUGGCAUCGUGAGCAGUGGCAUCGUGAGCAGUGGCAUCGUGAGCAGUGGCAUCGUGAGCAGUGGCAUCGUGAGCAGUGGCAUCGUGAGCAGUGGCAUCGUGAGCAGUGGCAUCGUGAGCAGUGGCAUCGUGAGCAGUGGCAUCGUGAGCAGUGGCAUCGUGAGCAGUGGCAUCGUGAGCAGUGGCAUCGUGAGCAGUGGCAUCGUGAGCAGUGGCAUCGUGAGCAGUGGCAUCGUGAGCAGUGGCAUCGUGAGCAGUGGCAUCGUGAGCAGUGGCAUCGUGAGCAGUGGCAUCGUGAGCAGUGGCAUCGUGAGCAGUGGCAUCGUGAGCAGUGGCAUCGUGAGCAGUGGCAUCGUGAGCAGUGGCAUCGUGAGCAGUGGCAUCGUGAGCAGUGGCAUCGUGAGCAGUGGCAUCGUGAGCAGUGGCAUCGUGAGCAGUGGCAUCGUGAGCAGUGGCAUCGUGAGCAGUGGCAUCGUGAGCAGUGGCAUCGUGAGCAGUGGCAUCGUGAGCAGUGGCAUCGUGAGCAGUGGCAUCGUGAGCAGUGGCAUCGUGAGCAGUGGCAUCGUGAGCAGUGGCAUCGUGAGCAGUGGCAUCGUGAGCAGUGGCAUCGUGAGCAGUGGCAUCGUGAGCAGUGGCAUCGUGAGCAGUGGCAUCGUGAGCAGUGGCAUCGUGAGCAGUGGCAUCGUGAGCAGUGGCAUCGUGAGCAGUGGCAUCGUGAGCAGUGGCAUCGUGAGCAGUGGCAUCGUGAGCAGUGGCAUCGUGAGCAGUGGCAUCGUGAGCAGUGGCAUCGUGAGCAGUGGCAUCGUGAGCAGUGGCAUCGUGAGCAGUGGCAUCGUGAGCAGUGGCAUCGUGAGCAGUGGCAUCGUGAGCAGUGGCAUCGUGAGCAGUGGCAUCGUGAGCAGUGGCAUCGUGAGCAGUGGCAUCGUGAGCAGUGGCAUCGUGAGCAGUGGCAUCGUGAGCAGUGGCAUCGUGAGCAGUGGCAUCGUGAGCAGUGGCAUCGUGAGCAGUGGCAUCGUGAGCAGUGGCAUCGUGAGCAGUGGCAUCGUGAGCAGUGGCAUCGUGAGCAGUGGCAUCGUGAGCAGUGGCAUCGUGAGCAGUGGCAUCGUGAGCAGUGGCAUCGUGAGCAGUGGCAUCGUGAGCAGUGGCAUCGUGAGCAGUGGCAUCGUGAGCAGUGGCAUCGUGAGCAGUGGCAUCGUGAGCAGUGGCAUCGUGAGCAGUGGCAUCGUGAGCAGUGGCAUCGUGAGCAGUGGCAUCGUGAGCAGUGGCAUCGUGAGCAGUGGCAUCGUGAGCAGUGGCAUCGUGAGCAGUGGCAUCGUGAGCAGUGGCAUCGUGAGCAGUGGCAUCGUGAGCAGUGGCAUCGUGAGCAGUGGCAUCGUGAGCAGUGGCAUCGUGAGCAGUGGCAUCGUGAGCAGUGGCAUCGUGAGCAGUGGCAUCGUGAGCAGUGGCAUCGUGAGCAGUGGCAUCGUGAGCAGUGGCAUCGUGAGCAGUGGCAUCGUGAGCAGUGGCAUCGUGAGCAGUGGCAUCGUGAGCAGUGGCAUCGUGAGCAGUGGCAUCGUGAGCAGUGGCAUCGUGAGCAGUGGCAUCGUGAGCAGUGGCAUCGUGAGCAGUGGCAUCGUGAGCAGUGGCAUCGUGAGCAGUGGCAUCGUGAGCAGUGGCAUCUGGCAUCGUGAGCAGUGGCAUCGUGAGCAGUGGCAUCGUGAGCAUGGCAUCGUGAGCAGUGGCAUCGUGAGCAGUGGCAUCGUGAGCAGUGGCAUCGUGAGCAGUGGCAUCGUGAGCAGUGGCAUCGUGAGCAGUGGCAUCGUGAGCAGUGGCAUCGUGAGCAGUGGCAUCGUGAGCAGUGGCAUCGUGAGCAGUGGCAUCGUGAGCAGUGGCAUCGUGAGCAGUGGCAUCGUGAGCAGUGGCAUCGUGAGCAGUGGCAUCGUGAGCAGUGGCAUCGUGAGCAGUGGCAUCGUGAGCAGUGGCAUCGUGAGCAGUGGCAUCGUGAGCAGUGGCAUCGUGAGCAGUGGCAUCGUGAGCAGUGGCAUCGUGAGCAGUGGCAUCGUGAGCAGUGGCAUCGUGAGCAGUGGCAUCGUGAGCAGUGGCAUCGUGAGCAGUGGCAUCGUGAGCAGUGGCAUCGUGAGCAGUGGCAUCGUGAGCAGUGGCAUCGUGAGCAGUGGCAUCGUGAGCAGUGGCAUCGUGAGCAGUGGCAUCGUGAGCAGUGGCAUCGUGAGCAGUGGCAUCGUGAGCAGUGGCAUCGUGAGCAGUGGCAUCGUGAGCAGUGGCAUCGUGAGCAGUGGCAUCGUGAGCAGUGGCAUCGUGAGCAGUGGCAUCGUGAGCAGUGGCAUCGUGAGCAGUGGCAUCGUGAGCAGUGGCAUCGUGAGCAGUGGCAUCGUGAGCAGUGGCAUCGUGAGCAGUGGCAUCGUGAGCAGUGGCAUCGUGAGCAGUGGCAUCGUGAGCAGUGGCAUCGUGAGCAGUGGCAUCGUGAGCAGUGGCAUCGUGAGCAGUGGCAUCGUGAGCAGUGGCAUCGUGAGCAGUGGCAUCGUGAGCAGUGGCAUCGUGAGCAGUGGCAUCGUGAGCAGUGGCAUCGUGAGCAGUGGCAUCGUGAGCAGUGGCAUCGUGAGCAGUGGCAUCGUGAGCAGUGGCAUCGUGAGCAGUGGCAUCGUGAGCAGUGGCAUCGUGAGCAGUGGCAUCGUGAGCAGUGGCAUCGUGAGCAGUGGCAUCGUGAGCAGUGGCAUCGUGAGCAGUGGCAUCGUGAGCAGUGGCAUCGUGAGCAGUGGCAUCGUGAGCAGUGGCAUCGUGAGCAGUGGCAUCGUGAGCAGUGGCAUCGUGAGCAGUGGCAUCGUGAGCAGUGGCAUCGUGAGCAGUGGCAUCGUGAGCAGUGGCAUCGUGAGCAGUGGCAUCGUGAGCAGUGGCAUCGUGAGCAGUGGCAUCGUGAGCAGUGGCAUCGUGAGCAGUGGCAUCGUGAGCAGUGGCAUCGUGAGCAGUGGCAUCGUGAGCAGUGGCAUCGUGAGCAGUGGCAUCGUGAGCAGUGGCAUCGUGAGCAGUGGCAUCGUGAGCAGUGGCAUCGUGAGCAGUGGCAUCGUGAGCAGUGGCAUCGUGAGCAGUGGCAUCGUGAGCAGUGGCAUCGUGAGCAGUGGCAUCGUGAGCAGUGGCAUCGUGAGCAGUGGCAUCGUGAGCAGUGGCAUCGUGAGCAGUGGCAUCGUGAGCAGUGGCAUCGUGAGCAGUGGCAUCGUGAGCAGUGGCAUCGUGAGCAGUGGCAUCGUGAGCAGUGGCAUCGUGAGCAGUGGCAUCGUGAGCAGUGGCAUCGUGAGCAGUGGCAUCGUGAGCAGUGGCAUCGUGAGCAGUGGCAUCGUGAGCAGUGGCAUCGUGAGCAGUGGCAUCGUGAGCAGUGGCAUCGUGAGCAGUGGCAUCGUGAGCAGUGGCAUCGUGAGCAGUGGCAUCGUGAGCAGUGGCAUCGUGAGCAGUGGCAUCGUGAGCAGUGGCAUCGUGAGCAGUGGCAUCGUGAGCAGUGGCAUCGUGAGCAGUGGCAUCGUGAGCAGUGGCAUCGUGAGCAGUGGCAUCGUGAGCAGUGGCAUCGUGAGCAGUGGCAUCGUGAGCAGUGGCAUCGUGAGCAGUGGCAUCGUGAGCAGUGGCAUCGUGAGCAGUGGCAUCGUGAGCAGUGGCAUCGUGAGCAGUGGCAUCGUGAGCAGUGGCAUCGUGAGCAGUGGCAUCGUGAGCAGUGGCAUCGUGAGCAGUGGCAUCGUGAGCAGUGGCAUCGUGAGCAGUGGCAUCGUGAGCAGUGGCAUCGUGAGCAGUGGCAUCGUGAGCAGUGGCAUCGUGAGCAGUGGCAUCGUGAGCAGUGGCAUCGUGAGCAGUGGCAUCGUGAGCAGUGGCAUCGUGAGCAGUGGCAUCGUGAGCAGUGGCAUCGUGAGCAGUGGCAUCGUGAGCAGUGGCAUCGUGAGCAGUGGCAUCGUGAGCAGUGGCAUCGUGAGCAGUGGCAUCGUGAGCAGUGGCAUCGUGAGCAGUGGCAUCGUGAGCAGUGGCAUCGUGAGCAGUGGCAUCGUGAGCAGUGGCAUCGUGAGCAGUGGCAUCGUGAGCAGUGGCAUCGUGAGCAGUGGCAUCGUGAGCAGUGGCAUCGUGAGCAGUGGCAUCGUGAGCAGUGGCAUCGUGAGCAGUGGCAUCGUGAGCAGUGGCAUCGUGAGCAGUGGCAUCGUGAGCAGUGGCAUCGUGAGCAGUGGCAUCGUGAGCAGUGGCAUCGUGAGCAGUGGCAUCGUGAGCAGUGGCAUCGUGAGCAGUGGCAUCGUGAGCAGUGGCAUCGUGAGCAGUGGCAUCGUGAGCAGUGGCAUCGUGAGCAGUGGCAUCGUGAGCAGUGGCAUCGUGAGCAGUGGCAUCCAUGGCAUCGUGAGCAUGGCAUCUGGCAUCGUGAGCAGUGGCAUCGUGAGCAGUGGCAUCGUGAGCAGUGGCAUCGUGAGCAGUGGCAUCGUGAGCAGUGGCAUCGUGAGCAGUGGCAUCGUGAGCAGUGGCAUCGUGAGCAGUGGCAUCGUGAGCAGUGGCAUCGUGAGCAGUGGCAUCGUGAGCAGUGGCAUCGUGAGCAGUGGCAUCGUGAGCAGUGGCAUCGUGAGCAGUGGCAUCGUGAGCAGUGGCAUCGUGAGCAGUGGCAUCGUGAGCAGUGGCAUCGUGAGCAGUGGCAUCGUGAGCAGUGGCAUCGUGAGCAGUGGCAUCGUGAGCAGUGGCAUCGUGAGCAGUGGCAUCGUGAGCAGUGGCAUCGUGAGCAGUGGCAUCGUGAGCAGUGGCAUCGUGAGCAGUGGCAUCGUGAGCAGUGGCAUCGUGAGCAGUGGCAUCGUGAGCAGUGGCAUCGUGAGCAGUGGCAUCGUGAGCAGUGGCAUCGUGAGCAGUGGCAUCGUGAGCAGUGGCAUCGUGAGCAGUGGCAUCGUGAGCAGUGGCAUCGUGAGCAGUGGCAUCGUGAGCAGUGGCAUCGUGAGCAGUGGCAUCGUGAGCAGUGGCAUCGUGAGCAGUGGCAUCGUGAGCAGUGGCAUCGUGAGCAGUGGCAUCGUGAGCAGUGGCAUCGUGAGCAGUGGCAUCGUGAGCAGUGGCAUCGUGAGCAGUGGCAUCGUGAGCAGUGGCAUCGUGAGCAGUGGCAUCGUGAGCAGUGGCAUCGUGAGCAGUGGCAUCGUGAGCAGUGGCAUCGUGAGCAGUGGCAUCGUGAGCAGUGGCAUCGUGAGCAGUGGCAUCGUGAGCAGUGGCAUCGUGAGCAGUGGCAUCGUGAGCAGUGGCAUCGUGAGCAUCGUCGUGAGCAGUGGCAUCGUGAGCAGUGGCAUCGUGAGCAGUGGCAUCGUGAGCAGUGGCAUCGUGAGCAGUGGCAUCGUGAGCAGUGGCAUCGUGAGCAGUGGCAUCGUGAGCAGUGGCAUCGUGAGCAGUGGCAUCGUGAGCAGUGGCAUCGUGAGCAGUGGCAUCGUGAGCAGUGGCAUCGUGAGCAGUGGCAGUGGCAUCGUGAGCAGUGGCAUCGUGAGCAGUGGCAUCGUGAGCAGUGGCAUCGUGAGCAGUGGCAUCGUGAGCAGUGGCAUCGUGAGCAGUGGCAUCGUGAGCAGUGGCAUCGUGAGCAGUGGCAUCGUGAGCAGUGGCAUCGUGAGCAGUGGCAUCGUGAGCAGUGGCAUCGUGAGCAGUGGCAUCGUGAGCAGUGGCAUCGUGAGCAGUGGCAUCGUGAGCAGUGGCAUCGUGAGCAGUGGCAUCGUGAGCAGUGGCAUCGUGAGCAGUGGCAUCGUGAGCAGUGGCAUCGUGAGCAGUGGCAUCGUGAGCAGUGGCAUCGUGAGCAGUGGCAUCGUGAGCAGUGGCAUCGUGAGCAGUGGCAUCGUGAGCAGUGGCAUCGUGAGCAGUGGCAUCGUGAGCAGUGGCAUCGUGAGCAGUGGCAUCGUGAGCAGUGGCAUCGUGAGCAGUGGCAUCGUGAGCAGUGGCAUCGUGAGCAGUGGCAUCGUGAGCAGUGGCAUCGUGAGCAGUGGCAUCGUGAGCAGUGGCAUCGUGAGCAGUGGCAUCGUGAGCAGUGGCAUCGUGAGCAGUGGCAUCGUGAGCAGUGGCAUCGUGAGCAGUGGCAUCGUGAGCAGUGGCAUCGUGAGCAGUGGCAUCGUGAGCAGUGGCAUCGUGAGCAGUGGCAUCGUGAGCAGUGGCAUCGUGAGCAGUGGCAUCGUGAGCAGUGGCAUCGUGAGCAGUGGCAUCGUGAGCAGUGGCAUCGUGAGCAGUGGCAUCGUGAGCAGUGGCAUCGUGAGCAGUGGCAUCGUGAGCAGUGGCAUCGUGAGCAGUGGCAUCGUGAGCAGUGGCAUCGUGAGCAGUGGCAUCGUGAGCAGUGGCAUCGUGAGCAGUGGCAUCGUGAGCAGUGGCAUCGUGAGCAGUGGCAUCGUGAGCAGUGGCAUCGUGAGCAGUGGCAUCGUGAGCAGUGGCAUCGUGAGCAGUGGCAUCGUGAGCAGUGGCAUCGUGAGCAGUGGCAUCGUGAGCAGUGGCAUCGUGAGCAGUGGCAUCGUGAGCAGUGGCAUCGUGAGCAGUGGCAUCGUGAGCAGUGGCAUCGUGAGCAGUGGCAUCGUGAGCAGUGGCAUCGUGAGCAGUGGCAUCGUGAGCAGUGGCAUCGUGAGCAGUGGCAUCGUGAGCAGUGGCAUCGUGAGCAGUGGCAUCGUGAGCAGUGGCAUCGUGAGCAGUGGCAUCGUGAGCAGUGGCAUCGUGAGCAGUGGCAUCGUGAGCAGUGGCAUCGUGAGCAGUGGCAUCGUGAGCAGUGGCAUCGUGAGCAGUGGCAUCGUGAGCAGUGGCAUCGUGAGCAGUGGCAUCGUGAGCAGUGGCAUCGUGAGCAGUGGCAUCGUGAGCAGUGGCAUCGUGAGCAGUGGCAUCGUGAGCAGUGGCAUCGUGAGCAGUGGCAUCGUGAGCAGUGGCAUCGUGAGCAGUGGCAUCGUGAGCAGUGGCAUCGUGAGCAGUGGCAUCGUGAGCAGUGGCAUCGUGAGCAGUGGCAUCGUGAGCAGUGGCAUCGUGAGCAGUGGCAUCGUGAGCAGUGGCAUCGUGAGCAGUGGCAUCGUGAGCAGUGGCAUCGUGAGCAGUGGCAUCGUGAGCAGUGGCAUCGUGAGCAGUGGCAUCGUGAGCAGUGGCAUCGUGAGCAGUGGCAUCGUGAGCAGUGGCAUCGUGAGCAGUGGCAUCGUGAGCAGUGGCAUCGUGAGCAGUGGCAUCGUGAGCAGUGGCAUCGUGAGCAGUGGCAUCGUGAGCAGUGGCAUCGUGAGCAGUGGCAUCGUGAGCAGUGGCAUCGUGAGCAGUGGCAUCGUGAGCAGUGGCAUCGUGAGCAGUGGCAUCGUGAGCAGUGGCAUCGUGAGCAGUGGCAUCGUGAGCAGUGGCAUCGUGAGCAGUGGCAUCGUGAGCAGUGGCAUCGUGAGCAGUGGCAUCGUGAGCAGUGGCAUCGUGAGCAGUGGCAUCGUGAGCAGUGGCAUCGUGAGCAGUGGCAUCGUGAGCAGUGGCAUCGUGAGCAGUGGCAUCGUGAGCAGUGGCAUCGUGAGCAGUGGCAUCGUGAGCAGUGGCAUCGUGAGCAGUGGCAUCGUGAGCAGUGGCAUCGUGAGCAGUGGCAUCGUGAGCAGUGGCAUCGUGAGCAGUGGCAUCGUGAGCAGUGGCAUCGUGAGCAGUGGCAUCGUGAGCAGUGGCAUCGUGAGCAGUGGCAUCGUGAGCAGUGGCAUCGUGAGCAGUGGCAUCGUGAGCAGUGGCAUCGUGAGCAGUGGCAUCGUGAGCAGUGGCAUCGUGAGCAGUGGCAUCGUGAGCAGUGGCAUCGUGAGCAGUGGCAUCGUGAGCAGUGGCAUCGUGAGCAGUGGCAUCGUGAGCAGUGGCAUCGUGAGCAGUGGCAUCGUGAGCAGUGGCAUCGUGAGCAGUGGCAUCGUGAGCAGUGGCAUCGUGAGCAGUGGCAUCGUGAGCAGUGGCAUCGUGAGCAGUGGCAUCGUGAGCAGUGGCAUCGUGAGCAGUGGCAUCGUGAGCAGUGGCAUCGUGAGCAGUGGCAUCGUGAGCAGUGGCAUCGUGAGCAGUGGCAUCGUGAGCAGUGGCAUCGUGAGCAGUGGCAUCGUGAGCAGUGGCAUCGUGAGCAGUGGCAUCGUGAGCAGUGGCAUCGUGAGCAGUGGCAUCGUGAGCAGUGGCAUCGUGAGCAGUGGCAUCGUGAGCAGUGGCAUCGUGAGCAGUGGCAUCGUGAGCAGUGGCAUCGUGAGCAGUGGCAUGAGAGAUUGCAUCGUGAGCAGUGGCAUCGUGAGCAGUGGCAUCGUGGAGUGGCAGUGGCAUGCAGUGAGCAGUGGCAUCGUGAGCAGUGGCAUCGUGAGCAGUGGCAUCGUGAGCAGUGGCAUCGUGAGCAGUGGCAUCGUGAGCAGUGGCAUCGUGAGCAGUGGCAUCGUGAGCAGUGGCAUCGUGAGCAGUGGCAUCGUGAGCAGUGGCAUCGUGAGCAGUGGCAUCGUGAGCAGUGGCAUCGUGAGCAGUGGCAUCGUGAGCAGUGGCAUCGUGAGCAGUGGCAUCGUGAGCAGUGGCAUCGUGAGCAGUGGCAUCGUGAGCAGUGGCAUCGUGAGCAGUGGCAUCGUGAGCAGUGGCAUCGUGAGCAGUGGCAUCGUGAGCAGUGGCAUCGUGAGCAGUGGCAUCGUGAGCAGUGGCAUCGUGAGCAGUGGCAUCGUGAGCAUGGCAUCUGGCAUCGUGAGCAGUGGCAUCGUGAGCAGUGGCAUCGUGAGCAGUGGCAUCGUGAGCAGUGGCAUCGUGAGCAGUGGCAUCGUGAGCAGUGGCAUCGUGAGCAGUGGCAUCGUGAGCAGUGGCAUCGUGAGCAGUGGCAUCGUGAGCAGUGGCAUCGUGAGCAGUGGCAUCGUGAGCAGUGGCAUCGUGAGCAGUGGCAUCGUGAGCAGUGGCAUCGUGAGCAGUGGCAUCGUGAGCAGUGGCAUCGUGAGCAGUGGCAUCGUGAGCAGUGGCAUCGUGAGCAGUGGCAUCGUGAGCAGUGGCAUCGUGAGCAGUGGCAUCGUGAGCAGUGGCAUCGUGAGCAGUGGCAUCGUGAGCAGUGGCAUCGUGAGCAGUGGCAUCGUGAGCAGUGGCAUCGUGAGCAGUGGCAUCGUGAGCAGUGGCAUCGUGAGCAGUGGCAUCGUGAGCAGUGGCAUCGUGAGCAGUGGCAUCGUGAGCAGUGGCAUCGUGAGCAGUGGCAUCGUGAGCAGUGGCAUCGUGAGCAGUGGCAUCGUGAGCAGUGGCAUCGUGAGCAGUGGCAUCGUGAGCAGUGGCAUCGUGAGCAGUGGCAUCGUGAGCAGUGGCAUCGUGAGCAGUGGCAUCGUGAGCAGUGGCAUCGUGAGCAGUGGCAUCGUGAGCAGUGGCAUCGUGAGCAGUGGCAUCGUGAGCAGUGGCAUCGUGAGCAGUGGCAUCGUGAGCAGUGGCAUCGUGAGCAGUGGCAUCGUGAGCAGUGGCAUCGUGAGCAGUGGCAUCGUGAGCAGUGGCAUCGUGAGCAGUGGCAUCGUGAGCAGUGGCAUCGUGAGCAGUGGCAUCGUGAGCAGUGGCAUCGUGAGCAGUGGCAUCGUGAGCAGUGGCAUCGUGAGCAGUGGCAUCGUGAGCAGUGGCAUCGUGAGCAGUGGCAUCGUGAGCAGUGGCAUCGUGAGCAGUGGCAUCGUGAGCAGUGGCAUCGUGAGCAGUGGCAUCGUGAGCAGUGGCAUCGUGAGCAUUUGCAUCGUGAGCAGUGGCAUCGUGAGCAGUGGCAUCGUGAGCAGUGGCAUCGUGAGCAGUGGCAUCGUGAGCAGUGGCAUCGUGAGCAGUGGCAUCGUGAGCAGUGGCAUCGUGAGCAGUGGCAUCGUGAGCAGUGGCAUCGUGAGCAGUGGCAUCGUGAGCAGUGGCAUCGUGAGCAGUGGCAUCGUGAGCAGUGGCAUCGUGAGCAGUGGCAUCGUGAGCAGUGGCAUCGUGAGCAGUGGCAUCGUGAGCAGUGGCAUCGUGAGCAGUGGCAUCGUGAGCAGUGGCAUCGUGAGCAGUGGCAUCGUGAGCAGUGGCAUCGUGAGCAGUGGCAUCGUGAGCAGUGGCAUCGUGAGCAGUGGCAUCGUGAGCAGUGGCAUCGUGAGCAGUGGCAUCGUGAGCAGUGGCAUCGUGAGCAGUGGCAUCGUGAGCAGUGGCAUCGUGAGCAGUGGCAUCGUGAGCAGUGGCAUCGUGAGCAGUGGCAUCGUGAGCAGUGGCAUCGUGAGCAGUGGCAUCGUGAGCAGUGGCAUCGUGAGCAGUGGCAUCGUGAGCAGUGGCAUCGUGAGCAGUGGCAUCGUGAGCAGUGGCAUCGUGAGCAGUGGCAUCGUGAGCAGUGGCAUCGUGAGCAGUGGCAUCGUGAGCAGUGGCAUCGUGAGCAGUGGCAUCGUGAGCAGUGGCAUCGUGAGCAGUGGCAUCGUGAGCAGUGGCAUCGUGAGCAGUGGCAUCGUGAGCAGUGGCAUCGUGAGCAGUGGCAUCGUGAGCAGUGGCAUCGUGAGCAGUGGCAUCGUGAGCAGUGGCAUCGUGAGCAGUGGCAUCGUGAGCAGUGGCAUCGUGAGCAGUGGCAUCGUGAGCAGUGGCAUCGUGAGCAGUGGCAUCGUGAGCAGUGGCAUCGUGAGCAGUGGCAUCGUGAGCAGUGGCAUCGUGAGCAGUGGCAUCGUGAGCAGUGGCAUCGUGAGCAGUGGCAUCGUGAGCAGUGGCAUCGUGAGCAGUGGCAUCGUGAGCAGUGGCAUCGUGAGCAGUGGCAUCGUGAGCAGUGGCAUCGUGAGCAGUGGCAUCGUGAGCAGUGGCAUCGUGAGCAGUGGCAUCGUGAGCAGUGGCAUCGUGAGCAGUGGCAUCGUGAGCAGUGGCAUCGUGAGCAGUGGCAUCGUGAGCAGUGGCAUCGUGAGCAGUGGCAUCGUGAGCAGUGGCAUCGUGAGCAGUGGCAUCGUGAGCAGUGGCAUCGUGAGCAGUGGCAUCGUGAGCAGUGGCAUCGUGAGCAGUGGCAUCGUGAGCAGUGGCAUCGUGAGCAGUGGCAUCGUGAGCAGUGGCAUCGUGAGCAGUGGCAUCGUGAGCAGUGGCAUCGUGAGCAGUGGCAUCGUGAGCAGUGGCAUCGUGAGCAGUGGCAUCGUGAGCAGUGGCAUCGUGAGCAGUGGCAUCGUGAGCAUUUGCAUCGUGAGCAGUGGCAUCGUGAGCAGUGGCAUCGUGAGCAGUGGCAUCGUGAGCAGUGGCAUCGUGAGCAGUGGCAUCGUGAGCAGUGGCAUCGUGAGCAGUGGCAUCGUGAGCAGUGGCAUCGUGAGCAGUGGCAUCGUGAGCAGUGGCAUCGUGAGCAGUGGCAUCGUGAGCAGUGGCAUCGUGAGCAGUGGCAUCGUGAGCAGUGGCAUCGUGAGCAGUGGCAUCGUGAGCAGUGGCAUCGUGAGCAGUGGAGCAGUGGCAUCUGGCAUCGUGAGCAGUGGCAUCGUGAGCAGUGGCAUCGUGAGCAGUGGCAUCGUGAGCAGUGGCAUCGUGAGCAGUGGCAUCGUGAGCAGUGGCAUCGUGAGCAGUGGCAUCGUGAGCAGUGGCAUCGUGAGCAGUGGCAUCGUGAGCAGUGGCAUCGUGAGCAGUGGCAUCGUGAGCAGUGGCAUCGUGAGCAGUGGCAUCGUGAGCAGUGGCAUCGUGAGCAGUGGCAUCGUGAGCAGUGGCAUCGUGAGCAGUGGCAUCGUGAGCAGUGGCAUCGUGAGCAGUGGCAUCGUGAGCAGUGGCAUCGUGAGCAGUGGCAUCGUGAGCAGUGGCAUCUGGCAUCGUGAGCAGUGGCAUCGUGAGCAGUGGCAUCGUGAGCAUGGCAGCGUGAGCAGUGGCAUCGUGAGCAGUGGCAUCGUGAGCAGUGGCAUCGUGAGCAGUGGCAUCGUGAGCAGUGGCAUCGUGAGCAGUGGCAUCGUGAGCAGUGGCAUCGUGAGCAGUGGCAUCGUGAGCAGUGGCAUCGUGAGCAGUGGCAUCGUGAGCAGUGGCAUCGUGAGCAGUGGCAUCGUGAGCAGUGGCAUCGUGAGCAGUGGCAUCGUGAGCAGUGGCAUCGUGAGCAGUGGCAUCGUGAGCAGUGGCAUCGUGAGCAGUGGCAUCGUGAGCAGUGGCAUCGUGAGCAGUGGCAUCGUGAGCAGUGGCAUCGUGAGCAGUGGCAUCGUGAGCAGUGGCAUCGUGAGCAGUGGCAUCGUGAGCAGUGGCAUCGUGAGCAGUGGCAUCGUGAGCAGUGGCAUCGUGAGCAGUGGCAUCGUGAGCAGUGGCAUCGUGAGCAGUGGCAUCGUGAGCAGUGGCAUCGUGAGCAGUGGCAUCGUGAGCAGUGGCAUCGUGAGCAGUGGCAUCGUGAGCAGUGGCAUCGUGAGCAGUGGCAUCGUGAGCAGUGGCAUCGUGAGCAGUGGCAUCGUGAGCAGUGGCAUCGUGAGCAGUGGCAUCGUGAGCAGUGGCAUCGUGAGCAGUGGCAUCGUGAGCAGUGGCAUCGUGAGCAGUGGCAUCGUGAGCAGUGGCAUCGUGAGCAGUGGCAUCGUGAGCAGUGGCAUCGUGAGCAGUGGCAUCGUGAGCAGUGGCAUCGUGAGCAGUGGCAUCGUGAGCAGUGGCAUCGUGAGCAGUGGCAUCGUGAGCAGUGGCAUCGUGAGCAGUGGCAUCGUGAGCAGUGGCAUCGUGAGCAGUGGCAUCGUGAGCAGUGGCAUCGUGAGCAGUGGCAUCGUGAGCAGUGGCAUCGUGAGCAGUGGCAUCGUGAGCAGUGGCAUCGUGAGCAGUGGCAUCGUGAGCAGUGGCAUCGUGAGCAGUGGCAUCGUGAGCAGUGGCAUCGUGAGCAGUGGCAUCGUGAGCAGUGGCAUCGUGAGCAGUGGCAUCGUGAGCAGUGGCAUCGUGAGCAGUGGCAUCGUGAGCAUUUGCAUCGUGAGCAGUGGCAUCGUGAGCAGUGGCAUCGUGAGCAGUGGCAUCGUGAGCAGUGGCAUCGUGAGCAGUGGCAUCGUGAGCAGUGGCAUCGUGAGCAGUGGCAUCGUGAGCAGUGGCAUCGUGAGCAGUGGCAUCGUGAGCAGUGGCAUCGUGAGCAGUGGCAUCGUGAGCAGUGGCAUCGUGAGCAGUGGCAUCGUGAGCAGUGGCAUCGUGAGCAGUGGCAUCGUGAGCAGUGGCAUCGUGAGCAGUGGCAUCGUGAGCAGUGGCAUCGUGAGCAGUGGCAUCGUGAGCAGUGGCAUCGUGAGCAGUGGCAUCGUGAGCAGUGGCAUCGUGAGCAGUGGCAUCGUGAGCAGUGGCAUCGUGAGCAGUGGCAUCGUGAGCAGUGGCAUCGUGAGCAGUGGCAUCGUGAGCAGUGGCAUCGUGAGCAGUGGCAUCGUGAGCAGUGGCAUCGUGAGCAGUGGCAUCGUGAGCAGUGGCAUCGUGAGCAGUGGCAUCGUGAGCAGUGGCAUCGUGAGCAGUGGCAUCGUGAGCAGUGGCAUCGUGAGCAGUGGCAUCGUGAGCAGUGGCAUCGUGAGCAGUGGCAUCGUGAGCACGGCAUCUGGCAUCGUGAGCAGUGGCAUCGUGAGCAGUGGCAUCGUGAGCAGUGGCAUCGUGAGCAGUGGCAUCGUGAGCAGUGGCAUCGUGAGCAGUGGCAUCGUGAGCAGUGGCAUCGUGAGCAGUGGCAUCGUGAGCAGUGGCAUCGUGAGCAGUGGCAUCGUGAGCACGGCAUCUGGCAUCGUGAGCAGUGGCAUCGUGAGCAGUGGCAUCGUGAGCAGUGGCAUCGUGAGCAGUGGCAUCGUGAGCAGUGGCAUCGUGAGCAGUGGCAUCGUGAGCAGUGGCAUCGUGAGCAGUGGCAUCGUGAGCAGUGGCAUCGUGAGCAGUGGCAUCGUGAGCAGUGGCAUCGUGAGCAGUGGCAUCGUGAGCAGUGGCAUCGUGAGCAGUGGCAUCGUGAGCAGUGGCAUCGUGAGCAGUGGCAUCGUGAGCAGUGGCAUCGUGAGCAGUGGCAUCGUGAGCAGUGGCAUCGUGAGCAGUGGCAUCGUGAGCAGUGGCAUCGUGAGCAGUGGCAUCGUGAGCAGUGGCAUCGUGAGCAGUGGCAUCGUGAGCAGUGGCAUCGUGAGCAGUGGCAUCGUGAGCAGUGGCAUCGUGAGCAGUGGCAUCGUGAGCAGUGGCAUCGUGAGCAGUGGCAUCGUGAGCAGUGGCAUCGUGAGCAGUGGCAUCGUGAGCAGUGGCAUCGUGAGCAGUGGCAUCGUGAGCAGUGGCAUCGUGAGCAGUGGCAUCGUGAGCAGUGGCAUCGUGAGCAGUGGCAUCGUGAGCAGUGGCAUCGUGAGCAGUGGCAUCGUGAGCAGUGGCAUCGUGAGCAGUGGCAUCGUGAGCAGUGGCAUCGUGAGCAGUGGCAUCGUGAGCAGUGGCAUCGUGAGCAGUGGCAUCGUGAGCAGUGGCAUCUGCGUGCAUGACUGCUGGUGUGAGGUUGCGUGA